UAUGUUUUGUAUUUGGUACUGCAUCACUUAUGUACAGUUGCAUGCAGUCUCAUUCACCAUGUUGAAUGAAAAAUACUGAGUUAGGUUAUAUAAAUAUAUUUAACCUAUCUAGAUUGAAAACAAGACCUAUUUCUGUUUCGGUGUCAGUGAACUUUAUAUGUCUGGAGAGGUGACAGAUGUCGAAAUAGGCGUGGCAUCUUACAGAAGCAGCUGAUACUGUGCAAAGUAAUUACAGAAAAGCUGUAGGACUUCAGCAUAAGCACUUCCUUAGCUAUACCUUGGUGAACGGGGCCAUGGAAGAGGUUUACUUGUAUGAGCCUAAACUCUUGAAGGAGAUAGACUUUUCAACAGUUGAAAAUAAAUUUAAACAUGGUAUCUCACCCAGAAAUCCAGGGGAAAAUCUGAUUUUGAGGCCACUGUCCUCAGGUGAUUUUGACAGAGGUUUUCUACAACUCCUAACACAACUGACGUCUGUAGGGGAGGUCUCCAGAGCUAUGUUUGAAGAUCAGUUUAACAACAUGAAAGCAUGCAAGAACACUUACUAUGUUACUGUGAUUGAAGAUAAAGAGACAAAUGCUGUAAUAGGAGCUGCUUCCUUAGUUUGUGAAGAAAAAUUUAUCCAUGCAACUGGAAAGAGAGGAAGAGUUGAAGAUGUUGUAGUUAGCAGUGAUUACAGAGGAAAACAAUUAGGAAAAGUGCUUGUAGCAGCUUUGACUUUUCUUGGAAAACAUGUUGGAUGUUAUAAAAUGUCGCUGGAAUGUUCAGACGACAUGGUUCCUUUUUAUCAGCAGCUGGGAUAUAUACGAGAACAGAACUACAUGCAACAGCGAUUCAAGAAUUAAAACAAGAUUUUGAAAUGGAACAAGUUUUUAGAAAAAUCAUGGCUCAAAAAUUGAAUUCCUUUAGAGCACUGUUACUGGCUCCAAUAUGUCCCAUACUUUUUAAGUAUGAACGGUAUUAAAAAAAUCAUGGACUACUGAUUUCCUGUCUAAAUUUCCAUCUAGAUAAUGAACUAGUAAAUAGUUGUUUAACCUUUGUAGAGGAAUUUGGAAAUGGUCAGCUAGAAUAUUUUAUAUGCCAUGUGUCUUUACAAGAGGAAUUGAUCAAAAGACGAUGCAAGCCUUAACAACGAGUGUUUAUUAAUCUUCGGGCAGAAGGGUAUGUGCCUCAUCUUUGCAGCUGCUUCACUAUAAAGAUCUGACAUCUCUUAUAAAAUCUUCCCAUCAGUAGUUUGUGCUCAUAUUUUGACAUGCUUUGUUUAAAUGUACAGAAUUGUUGAAUUUUUUUUUUCAUCAUUAAUACCCAAAACUAAGGCAUUCCAGUAUUAUCUUUACUAAUGCUGCCAAAACCAUUAAAUCGAGCUUUUUAUUAUUAUCAUUAUUAUUUUUUUGUGUGUGUGUAGCCAAGGUUCAGGGUCAAGAAAUAUAUAAAUGGGCAUCACGCAGCUGGUGAAACUAUGGCAUAAUCUGUGAUAAAGAACAAAAAUACCUAUAGACUUUGAUAAAAACAAGUUGAAGUACAACAUGAUUGUGUAUUUUGAACAAAAAAGUUUGUGUGUGUCACAUAAUUGUAUAUUUUGUUUGAAAAGUACAUUGACCAAUUGCAAUAUGAACAUUUUGCCAUGAGACUUAAUUAGCUUUUAUACUAGAAUGCGGUUUGCUUGAAGAAGCUGGGCAUUUGUAUCUCAAAAUGGGUCCAGGGUUUUUCAAUUACCUGUUUUCAUAUAUUAUACUAUAAUUGCUUUUGGUAGUACAUGUGAAAAUGGUCCAUUAGGACCAGAUGAUUUUAAAUGCCCCUGAAUCAAGGAAUAAUUGGAUGCAUGAAAAAUCAUUCGCAGUAGCAAAUUUGUAGAAUUAAAUAGUUUUUUAACAUGAUACACAUGCAAGAUCUGGAAUGUCUCAAGAACCUGGUGUAAAGUUUAUGUAUCAUCUUUUUGUGUUCAUGUCUGUAGGUGCAUGCUUAAAAAUUGCUACCUAGUUUGUACUAAUAUUUUAUGUGAAAUCCUGUGAAAGGUGUGUCUGCCAAGCCUCACCAUAAAAAAACUCCCAAAAAAGAAAAAAAAAAACUGUGAUUGUCCUGAAAAGUUUAUCUCUAGUCAUUAUGCAAUCCAUGUAUAGUUUUUACUUCAUGUAAUUUUAAUGUUCAUAUGUAAUGAUAUCAUAAAUCAUUAAAAUCCAAUGACAUACGUACACUGGGUGUGAAAUUCAGAGGAUGCAUACACACCAUUUAAGUGUGUAAAUAUAUCUCUAUAUGAUUGAAGUUUCAUUUAUGUUUAUUAAAAUACAAAGACAAUAUCGGUUGGAAAGGUUUUAAGAAUGAAUGGUUAUAUUUAUUUACUAAUGCAGUCCAAAAUGUGCAGCGAUUCACAAUAAAUAUCAGGUGUAUAGCUGAUA